CUCUCUCGAGCGGACAUCGUGGCGGCUUCGCACUCCGCAGCCGACAUCGCAGCCGCGCCCGCCGGUGUGGGAGAGGAGGAGCCACCAGCCACGAGCCGGCACCGACGCGGCGGCCGAGCCGCUGCCGGAGGUCCUCGAGUGGGUUCUGACCCGGCUCGCCGACCAGCCCGCCGUCCUGGCUCGGGCGCGAGCGCUCGCGCGCCAGCAGAUGGCGCCGCACGAGGCGGCGAUGGGCUCGGCGGCGCCCUCCGAGGCGAUCGCGUAUGGCCUGCUCACGCCGGGCGAGGCCGGCGUCGCGAGCGUUGACGAGCGCCUCGCGGCUUGCGCCUCGAGGCACCUGCUGCUCGAGCUCGGCCAGGCCUGCUCGAUGCUGCGGCGCGAGGCGGACGCCGUGCGCAUCUUUCGCGCGCUCUCUCACGCCUUUGCAGCGGGCGGGGCGUCGCGAGCCGCGGCCGCCGCCGAGCACCCCGUCCUCGCCGACGACGCGCGGGCUCGCCUCUUCGAGCGGGAGCUGGCGAUGGAGCGCGGGCUGUGGCGGUCUACACUGCAGCGGCCGCUGGAGCACUACGCGCGCUCGCUGACGGCGCGUCCCUUCUGGGAGGCGUCCGAGCUCCCCGAGGCUGCGGCGCUGCAGCGCGCCUUCCCCGCCAUCCUCGCCGAGUGCAACGCGCUGCUCGCGCGGCGCGGCGGUGCGUUUGCGCCGUACCGGUCGAGGGUGGUGGCGGCCGGCGGCGCGUGGUCCGACGUGCAGCUCUUCGGCGGGUGCCGUGCGGACGCGGAGCACUGCGCCGCCUGCCCGCGCACCGCCGCGGCCAUCGCGGCGCAGCCGCGCCUCAACAGCGUCGUGCACGGCUCGCACUUCUUCUCGCGGCUGGCGGCGGGGACGCACCUCGAGGCGCACUGCGGCCCGUCCAACUACCGGCUGCGCUGCCACCUGGGCCUGGUGGUCCCGGCCGGCGCGCGCAUCCGCGUGGGCGAGGAGGUGCGCGAGUGGCGCGCGGGCGAGUGCCUCGUCUUCGACGACUCGUACGAGCACGAGGCGCGGCGCGCUCCCUCCCGCCCCGCCCCCGUGCCCGUGUGGCACAGCGGUGACACCGACCGCGUCGUCCUCAUCUGCGACUUGUGGCACCCGGAGGUCGACCUCGAGAAGCACGUCCGCCCGUCCCUCGCGCCGGCGCAGCGCGAGGCGCUCGCCGCGGCGGAGGCAGGCCGCCACCUCCCCGUGCAGCGGCGGGUGUACUCCACGGGCGCCUCGGUAGUGCGGCGAGGCGACUGA